UCAUAAAAAUAAUUGGCUCUUAUGCUUUUCGUCUGGCGCUGUGAAUGGAACGCUAUUUACAAUAGAUGGUAUCUAUGUGCGGAAAAUUAUUACAAAGUCACUUUUACUUAUUAAAACUUUAUUUUUUGUCGUUUGAUUUUAAAAAGUUCACUUGACUAGUGUGGAAAUUUAAUAAAAAUGUCAAAGGCAAACGGAAUCGAUAAUCCAUCAUUUGUAGGACAAGAGGAAACACCAAAUGGAAAUAAUAUUCAGAAUAUUAUACAAAACGAGAAAGGAAAACUUGAUGACGCCGAUGACGACAUAGAAGAACGCGCACAAUGGGGCCAUGGAUUGGAAUUUCUUAUGUCUUGCAUAGCGAUGUCAGUCGGUCUUGGUAACAUUUGGCGGUUUCCAUUUACAGCGAAAGAAAAUGGAGGUGGGGCAUUCUUAAUACCUUACGUACUUAUCCUGACGGUUAUUGGUCGUCCCUUAUAUUAUAUGGAAAUGGCACUGGGACAGUUUUCCAGUAAAGGAAACGUUAAAAUGUACGAGAAGCUAUCCCCGGUUUUUAAGGCAAUUGGUUUUGGACAAUUAAUCGGAACAAUCUGCGUGGCAACUUACUACUGCUGCCUGAUGGCUAUUACGCUGUUUUACUUAGCACAUUCUUUUACAAACGACUUGCCAUGGACCAUUUGUAACCCAUCAUGGAAUUCUGAUUACCUAGAUGACCGUAAGCUAACCUGCAUUAAUUCAACCGGAUCUGAACUAGCUGGUGACAAUCGCGUAAGCUCUUCCGAACUAUGGUUUAGAUUAGAAGUUUUAAGACAAAAAGACGACAUAUCCGAUGGCAUCGGCAUACCAGAUUGGAGGCUCACUUUGUGCCUCUUAGCUUCUUGGAUCGUCACAUUUUUGGUUUCCAUCAGGGGGGUGAAAAGUUCCGGGAAAGCUGCAUAUUUUCUUGCAUUGUUUCCUUACGUCAUUAUGAUUGCUUUACUUAUAAGGGCCGCCACUUUAGAAGGGGCAGAUAAAGGAAUGUUGUACUUCAUUGAAACGGACUGGAAUAAGCUCAAAGAUGCUUCAGUUUGGUAUGCGGCAGUUACUCAAUGUUUCUUUUCAUUGAACGUUGGUUUUGGAUCAAUUAUUAUGUAUUCAUCUUACAACCCAUUCAGACACAAUAUAAACAGGGAUGCUCUUAUAGUAACAACACUGGAUACAUUCACAUCAUUACUAUCUGGAGCAACAAUUUUCGGAAUAUUAGGAAAUUUAGCAUUCGAAAUGGACGAGGAACCUGCUAAUGUUAUCACCUCAGGUGGUACUGGUCUGGCUUUUAUAUCCUAUCCAGAAGCUAUUGCCAAAUUUAAUCAUGUGCCUUGGCUCUUUGCUAUACUCUUCUUCUUUAUGUUGUUUAUUCUUGCCAUCGGAAGCCUCGCGGCACUCCAAAAUUGCGUAAAUACGGUCAUCAAAGAUUCAUUUCCAUCCCUGAAAACCUGGAUGAUAUCGGCUAUCACAGCAUCAGCAAUGUUUUUUGUCGGAUUAAUUUAUGUCACACCUGGGGGUCAAUACAUGCUGGACCUUGUGGAUCACUUUGGGGGUACCUUUAUUAUUUUCGUUUUUGCCAUAUUGGAAGUAUAUGCUGUUGUUUAUCUUUACGGUAUAGAAAACUUAUGUUUAGAUCUUGAAUAUAUGACAGGGCAUAAGCCAGGAAUCUACUGGAGAUUUUGCUGGGGCAUAAUCAUGCCUAUUCUCUUAGUGGUGAUUUUCGUCUAUUUUGUCGCCACUUUAAAACCGCUUACCUAUGGAGAGCACUUAUUAUAUCCUCCUGGAAUAUUAGCGUUUGGUUGGUGUAUUCUUGGAGUUGGCGUUCUUCAAACUAUUAUCUGGGUUGGAUAUUAUGCAUUUAUUGAUAAGGAGUACCCGAUCUUUUCGACGGAAACUUGGGGUCCCUCUGGUACCAAACGUACAGCAGACUGGAAGAGAUUCAAAAUUGCUGAACUGGAACGAAGAGAACCAAAACCCAGUAACUGUUUUACGCGACAAAUGAGAUUUAUAUUUUUAGGACGCUAAUGUAAAAAAUCAAAAAAAAAAAACGUGUAAAAAUGUGUAGUUAAAUUAAAUAAAUUUGGGCGAUUUAAACUGUAUUUGUAAAACAGACAAGUUAUUUGUUUAAAAAUGAUUUGUUUAUUGUUUAAUGGAACAUUAAAAUAUAAUUCGUUUUUGUUUGUUAUUCUAUAAGAAAAAUCCAUUUAAUCAAAAGCCGUAAAAAAUGUGGAAUAGUGAAACCUAAUUUUUUAGCAACACCUACUGUGAUAAAAUGCCUAUAUCUCUAAUUCUUACAUAUUUUAGGUGAUUUGUUAGAAUUAAUCCUAAUAUGUAUAAAAUAAAUAAAAUAAUUGGUAUUA